UCCAUUCACUCCAGCACGUGCGCUCCGGAGCGCCUGGUGAAGAAGGCUGAGCUGCUGCUCAUUUCUGUGCGUUACUCCGCCGGGCGGAGAGGGGCUGGAUCUGUGAGGGGAGGGGAGGAGAGGCAGCGCUCCGGGGGAAGAGAAGAAAAGGAGAGAGAAGAGGAGAAGAGAAGAGGGGAGAGGAGAGAGGAGCGGCAGACGGCGACCGGCCGCAGGGAUGUACACCAAACACAGACAGAAACACAGACACAGCUCGCCGGAGAUCAACGCGCCGCUGCUCUUCACCCUCCUGCUGCUCAGCGGCUUACUGGAAACAGGGGAUGGAGAGCUGGGGGCUGAAGGAGCAGGAAAGGACCGAGGGCGAAGAGUGAAGGCCCACUGGCUGCCACACAGAACGGUACAAAAAGAUAGAGGAGCACCUAUACAGGAGCAGUUUCCAGAGAGGGGCGAGAUUCUUGUCUCGGCUGAGGAUCUGGAGCUGGUGCUGGAAGUCGAGCUCAAUCAGGAACUUCUGGGACAAGACUUCACAGCAACUCACUAUGAAGACGGACGGCCUGUAACCCUCAGUACCAAUCACACUGACCAUUGCUUCUAUCAUGGACGAGUUAAGGGCCACUCAUCCUCCUGGGUUGCUCUGAGCACAUGCUCCGGAGUGAGGGGCCUGAUUGUGCUGAACUCCACUGACACAUAUUACCUGGAGCCAGAAGGAGGGCAGGAGAUUCUCCACCACACCUUCUACCACACAGACAGCCUGCCUAUCAAAGGUGGCACAUGUGGACAUGGCCAUCAGACUGGACAUGAAAAUCUGUUCAGCGGUUUCCUUAAACCUUUGCAUCAAAGGGUGAAACGAAAUGCCUGGGGCACAACCAAGUACAUGGAGCUUUUUAUAGUAGCUGACAACGCACUGUACAAAAAGCAGAACAGAGACAUUGAAAAAACAAAACGAAGAAUCAUGGAAAUCGCCAAUUACGUAGAUAAGUUCUACAGGGCUCUGAAUAUCCGGGUGCCUCUGAUUGGUCUAGAGGUGUGGACAGAUCGGGAUCAUUGCAUCAUCAAUGAGGAACCCAACUCCACUCUGUGGUCUUUUCUUCAGUGGAGACAGAAGCUCAAAUCCCGCAAGAAACAUGACAAUGCACAACUCCUCACCGGGGUGAUCUUCAAGGGCACCACCAUCGGCAUGGCACCGCUGGAGGGCAUGUGCAGUCUUGAGAACUCUGGCGGCAUCAACGUGGACCAUUCAGAUUUGCCGAUUGGAGCCGCUGCCACCAUGGCUCAUGAGAUUGGUCAUAACUUUGGCAUGAGCCAUGACCAUGAGGGCUGCUGCGUGGAGGCUACAGCAGAGCAGGGAGGCUGUGUAAUGGCAGCAGCUACAGGGCAUCCGUUCCCUAAGGUAUUCAGUCACUGUAGCAAGAAGGACCUGGACAACUACUUUCAGAAAGGAGGGGGGAUGUGCCUGUUCAACAUGCCGAACAUGAAGGACCUGGUUGGUGGGAAGAGGUGUGGGAACGGCUUUGUGGAGGAUGGGGAGGAAUGUGACUGCGGAGAACCAGAGGAGUGUACGAAUGACUGCUGCCACGCCAGUAACUGCACGCUGAAGGAAGAUGCGCAGUGUGCCCACGGUGUCUGCUGUGAAGGCUGCAAGCUGAAGCAGGCAGGCACCAUGUGCCGGGGUCCAGCUGGUGCGUGUGAUCUGCCGGAGUACUGCACUGGAGGAUCACCUUACUGCCCCUCCAACGUCUACCUGCUGGACGGCACCUCCUGCCAGUAUGGCAGCGCCUACUGCUAUAAUGGCAUGUGUCUCACUCACGAGCAACAGUGCCUGCAGCUCUGGGGCUAUGGUGCACGGCCAGCACACGACGCCUGUUUCCAGGAUGUGAAUGCAGCAGGAAACGCCUUCGGAAACUGCGGCAAGGAUGCGCACGGCAACUACAUGAAGUGUGAGAAAAGGGAUGCCAAGUGUGGGAAGAUUCAGUGCCACAGCGCUGCCAAGAAGCCAAAGGGCACCAACGCAGUGUCCAUUGACACCACCAUCCACACUAAUGGUGUUGAGGUGAAGUGUCGUGGUACGUACGUGUACAGCACGCAGGACGGCCAGGGGGACCUGCCAGAUCCGGGCCUCGUCAUGACUGGAACCAAAUGUGAAGAGGGCAAGGUGUGCAAAGAUCGCCGGUGUCAAAACGCCUCUUUCACUGAGCUGGAGACUUGUAUAGCUCGCUGCAAUAGUCAUGGGGUGUGCAACAGUAACGGGAAUUGUCACUGUAACCGGGGCUGGGCGCCGCCCUACUGUGACAAACCUGGACUGGGAGGCAGUGUGGACAGUGGGCCGGUGCAGUAUGACAGUCAGGUGGGGCUGGUGGUUGGCCUGCUGUUUGCUUUUCUGGUGCUGUUACCUGCUGUUCUCAUUGCCUUUUACUGCAUCAAGAUCAAGACCUCCUAUUACCACAAGUGGCUGUCACAGAGAGAGAAGAACAAGGCUAACAGUAGACAUGAGAGCUCCAUAGAAAAGGGGAAGAAUGGACACUUAAACCCGGCUUUCCAUCUAAAAGUGGUGGGGCCUUCCAACAAAAGCACCAAUCUCAAGCUACCUCACACCAGUAAGGAGGUUCUCCCACUCCGACCAGGCCUCGCCUGCAAUGGCACCCAGCCAGUCAACAUUGUUCGUCCUCUACGCCCCGCCCCUUCUCCACACCUUCGGGAUGUCAAAGUGCCUCGUCCUCCCCCUCCCAUCAGCAAACCUCUGGAGGCAGCCAAGUCCAGCCCUACAGCCCCCAAACUCAGCCCACCCAAGAAACCUCUGCCUCUCAACCCCACCCGCAACCCAGGGAUGGCUUCAAAGCUACAUCCGAAGCCUUCCCCCACACCCCCUCAGAGGCCACUCCCUGUGAGCCCCACUCGAGGAAACCAAGCCAAAUCCUCCAGUGGGGGGCUGCUGGUGAUGAUGCCCCCUGCUAUGGGCCCCAAGCCCUUAGGCAAGGUGACCGCCGUCCCCCCUCUCAAAGCACUCAGACCUGUCCCAGGACCCAAGCCAAACACAGUCUCACAGUCACCUUUUCGGAAAUGACCUUUGUAGGAUCAACUGUUACAUACAGCAGCCAGCCUUUUUUGCACUAUAUAAAGGCCUGAUUGGAUACUGAAUCGGUACGGUACUAGAUUGGAGGAGCACGGGACAGUCGAGUACGGUGCUAAGGCCGGAGUUUCCCAGGCCUCACUUAUUUAAGCCAGAGUACAAUCCAGCCCAGCAUAAGAGGAGACGCGGUUUUGCAUGGACAAAGAUGCAGACUUAGACGAGAUGAUUCUGGUGGGCCAUCACAUUGCCAAAACUUUUGACUUUUUGAUUUGUUUGUUUGUUUGUUUGUUUGAUUUUUGUUUUUUUAUUUUACAGGCUCUUUGUCAAAGUGUUAAGUGUUGCGUUAUGCCAUCGUCUUGUUUACAUUUGUUUUAUUAAUUGUACACCAUCUGCCAAAGAUGUUGUUUUGUUUGGUUGUUGAUUUAUUGUGUUAUUUGCUGUAUGAAGAUUUGCAUUUGUUAUAUAAAAUGCCUCAUUACAGGUUUUUACUUAAA